GGGCCAUUUAGGAUAUUUGAGUCUUUUACACCGACCGCUGUAUGCCUGUACCAAACGUAAAUCAUUUUGAUCUUCAUUUUUUUUAAAGUGUGAAGCAAAAUCUCUUCUGCGAUCAAUUUCCGACCGGCCAGUGAUCUUCUAAUCAAUUCAAGAUUCAAGAAUGAGUCAGGUGUUCGAAGGAUAUGAACGUCAAUACAGUGAGCUGUCCUCUAACUUGUCAAAGAAGUGUACCUCAGCUAGUGGCCUUGAUGGAGAACAAAAGAAGCAGAAAAUUUCAGAAGUUAAAUCUGGAUUGGAUGAUGCUGAGGCUUUGAUUCGCAAAAUGGAUCUUGAGGCUAGGAGUUUGCAACCAAAUGUAAAGGCCACUCUCCUUCAGAAGUUGAGAGGAUAUAAAAGUGAUCUGAACAAUUUGAAAACUGAAGUUAAAAGAAUUACAUCUGCUAAUGCUAACCAAGCAGCAAGAGAUGAUUUGUUGGAAUCUGGUGGAAUGGCAGAUGCUAAGGUAUCAACUGAUCAAAGGCAAAGACUGAUGAUGUCAACUGAGAGAUUGAAUCAGUCCAGUGAUAGGAUAAGAGAAGGCCGAAAAGUGAUGCUGGAAACCGAAGAGCUCGGGGUUUCAAUUCUUCAUGAUUUGCACCAGCAACGCCAAUCUCUUCUUCAUGCUCAUAAUACACUCCAUGGAGUGGAUGACAAUAUUAGCAGGAGCAAGAAGAUACUGACCAACAUGUCAAGAAGGAUGAGCAGGAAUAAAUGGAUCAUUG